ACAAACUAAUCGGACUUUGGCGAGUCUAAAGGAACUGUGCCCUCUGUCUACAGGUGUCGCGACAAAAUGCGGUCAAUCGUAUUGUUAACUUGCUAUGCUGUUAUCCUUGGGCUGGGUCAUAGUGUGCGUGUUACCCAAUUUGGCCUCUGGAAAAAACAUGCAGAGGACCGUCAGUGGUUCUCCAUCACCGUGCCUGCCAGCAAGCCAACACAGACAUUUAGCUUAGACCUAUGUGGGUUGGUGCCCUGUGGGACUAAAAGAGAACUGAAUCAAACUAAUCGGAACCUAGAGAGAGAAAGGGGAUUCCAGGGUCAGACGUUAGUAUUACAAUUGCAUGGUAGGGAAGGCAUAAAUAGGCCUCCAGCCCCCGGGGUCCAGGCUAUGGUGUCAGUUGUCCGUGAUCCCAUCACCCCUGGACCGGAUUGUGGGCAGAAUCAGUGCAAUCCGCUCUAUCUGACCAUUAAGAACUUGGGAAACAACGGGGCGAGCCUUAAUGGAACAAUCCUGGGUAUUAGGGUUGGGGGCCAGGCAGGACAGGAGGGGUUGCAGCUGUGCUGCACGCAUAUCACGGUCAUUGAAGCUGAGUCUGGGGGCUCAUCCGCGACCGAUGAACAGGAAAAGAUUAGAAUAAUUGAGGUGACGGAUUUGGACAAGACCUUUGAAAUAGAAACGGGAUACGGGGAGGCGAAUGCCUGGAUGGAAUGGGUCAAAUAUACUGUGAGGAGCAUGAAAAAGAGUGAUUGCUACGCAUGCACGAGUGCCCGCCCUAACCCUCAGGUGGUCCCAUUCCCGCUGUAUUAGAGACGGGCAGUUUGAUGAACAAGCUCGGGAGUUAUUAAACGCCCUGGAGAAGAAACUUACGGUUUAAAAAUUACAGGCCGUAAGAAAAGACACGGGGGAUUUGUAGGGGGUAGUGUAAUUUUUAAACGGUUAGCUACAUUUUAGUCUUUUCUACCUUAUAGUAAACACAAGCAGAUACUCGAAACUGUUGCCGGACCUCCCCCAUGUUUUUAUGAAUGAAACAAUUGGAACAGCUUUCCUCGAUAGUUGAGAGACGCUCUUAACCACAGUUGUACAACAUCAUCCAUAUAAGGAAAGAACGGGGAGCUCGAACACUGAUUGGCCAAGUGAAUAACAAAAUAAUCGCAGGCACCAGAACCCAACUAAGAAAAACAGUGGGGAACCCUAGCACCCAUUGGUCAAGACAGCAGUAGGAGACCCAGCCCACAUAUACGUGUAUAUAAUGCGUGGAGAUUACUAUGCUUGUGUGUGUACCCACGGGAACAACACCCGACUUUGCAAAGUUGAAUGUAAAGUUUUGGACAGACUCCUCCGUGUCUUUGUUCCUGGGAAGGGAAACAAAAGUGCCGGAGAUGGGGCCGGACAGCCGCUUAUCUCGCACAAUAGAGAUGAAGAUAUCAGAAAUUGCAGCAGGACUUUGAUCAAACUGCAGACGUGGGCCGAGGAAUAUUUUGGCAACGUUAGAUCAAGGUAGGAGUUUCAUGGUGUUUGGUAGGACAUGAGGGAGUAU